CACUGGACACAAUCUGCCCACAUCAGCUUAGAUAGCAUACGUAGCUGACACACCCCCAUCCCUCACUCUUUCCUCACAUCAAAAAACCUUUAUUCUACCCCCCAACUUCAUAACAGAAAAAACCACCACCACCACCAUCGCCACCACAACCACCACCGCCAUUAGAAGAACUAACUUCCAAACCAUGGCGGCCACUGCAGCUGCGGCUGUAGGCUCAUCUUUCUCUUCGUCCAUCCACACCCUCAAGUGUAAUAUCCGCCCUAAUAAGCAAUGCCUGUCUGACCCUUUUCUUAGACUUUCCUCCUCAACUCGCAUGUUAGCAUCAAUAUCUCAUUCUUACAGGAUUGAACAGCUUUCACUCAAUGCCACCUCAAGCAAGUGGAGGCUACUCAGGAUAUCAGCUGCAGUUGCUCAAGAAGAGGUAGCAGUAACAGCUGAAGAGGUUGCUCAAGAAGAUCAGGUGAUAGUAACAGCUGAUCAAGUAGACACAGGGUUGGUUGAGGAGGAAGAUAAUAAGAGAGGAGAGGAAGUGUUGGAUGUUGAAGAAGGUGAGGAUCUUGUGAGCACUAAGCUCUACUUUGGAAAUUUGCCUUACAGUGUUGACAGUGCCCAGCUUGCUGGCAUCAUUCAGGAUUUUGGAAGUCCAGAGCUGAUUGAGGUUCUCUAUGAUAGGGUUUCUGGGAGAAGUAGAGGAUUUGCAUUUGUGACAAUGAGUAAUCUUGAAGAUUGCAAGGCAGUUAUUGAAAAUCUGGGUGGAAAAGAAUAUUUGGGCAGAACCUUGAGGGUGAAUUUCUCGGACAAACCUAAACCGAAAGAACCUCUAUAUCCAGAAACCGAGUACAAGCUUUUUGUUGGGAAUUUAUCCUGGUCAGUCACGUCUGAGAGUUUGACACAAGCAUUUCAAGAGUAUGGAAAUGUGGUUGGAGCAAGGGUUCUGUAUGAUGGGGAGACAGGAAGAUCACGUGGUUAUGGUUUUGUAUGCUUCUCCACAAAAUCAGAGAUGGACACUGCCCUUGAAUCUCUUAAUGGAGUGGAACUAGAAGGACGAGGAAUGCGUGUAAGCCUGGCUCAAGGAAAACGAUCGUAAGAGAUGAAUAGUCAGGGUCCGGUUAGGAAUCAAACUUCCAAUUCAAUGGCUCUUAAGGAAACGAAAAGGAUAUGCUAUUUGGCUAUCACUAAGCAAGGACUUCAGUCACUGAAAAAUCCUUUUCUAUGUUUUUGUCCAUAAUUCGUUGUCCACCUUUUUUAUCUUCUAAGUGAAUCUGUCAUUGUGAAAAUUAUAUAAUUGUCUUUGCUAUAUGUAAUAGCAAGCGAUGUUAUUUUGCUUGGCUAAAAAGUAUGAAAGAAAUCUCAUUAACAUUGAGUCAUGUAUGAGGCUGUGUAGAAAGUAGUAACAUCUGCUAUAAGCAUUCAAGGCCUAAAGCAGGGGUAAGUUCCUCAUCCUAGCAAAACAAAUAUAGUCCAUGUCUGUUUAUUAAAUAGGUACCUAUUUUCACUUAAUACUAUUACGCCGUCUGUAACCAUGAA